AUGGCGGCACCCGCUGCCGCGUCCGCCGCCGAUUUUCCCGCAGCCGGGUCCGGCCCUGACGAGCCGCCUUUCAAUCUCAAUCCGGAAGAGCUCCAGGAGGAGCUUUCCCGCGCUUUUCGCUCUGCCAAGAAGCAGUCGAAGGUGGCGCUGCGCAAAAUAGCGGACGGCACGGCGGGGGCUCUGCGUUGCGCGCAGAGCAAGGUGGCGGAGUUUGAGCGCGAGAAUGACCUGCGCGGAAAGGCGCGGGAGGCGGUGGGCGCGGCGAACGAGCGGUUUGAGGAGGUCGCGUUCGAGGCGGAGAGGCACGCGUUUCGGUUCGACGCGCAGUUCGGGGUUUCAAGUAGAGUGGAGGAGAUGAAACGCGUCGUGGUCGGUGCGGCGUACGAUGUGGACUGUAACCUGCGGAUCCGACAAAGAAUGCGAGACAUGAUCAAGGAGAUACAAUACCAACUACCAAAGGUAUUGCGGGAAAAGAGGAGAUUCUCUAAAAGCGGUGCUGUUCCCUCCUACCACCGUCCGCACACUGCUUCCCUUCUCCGCACUCCCACGCUAACCAAGGAGCUGGAGAAGAGCGUCUGCAGCUUCUCUGACUCCGCCUCCUUCUCCUGGAGCGCCUCCCUCUGUUUGGCAACUGCAGCCUGGCUUCUCCCGCCUUACCCAACUCCGUAUGCCCACUCUUUCCCCGACUCCCCUCUCCCGCUCCCCUCUCCUGCUCCCCCCCCCGUCUGUUCUCGUCCCCCCCCGCGCGUGCCACCGCAGUAUCUGAAGCGGUGGGCGGAGUUCCGAACCACGCCAGCCGGCCAACUCGUCAUGUUCGUGGCGUUCGCGUGGCUCCUCAUCUCAGGCUGGCUAGCUCAGAUCUUCCUCUGGUCGCUCUGCAUUGUCCCGCUCCUUCCACUGCUUGCUAGGGCGCUCGCCAAAGCAGCCUUCGUUGAGGGUGAUUGCCCCUCGUGUGGAGUUCGUUUCAUCGGUCCCCGUCGCGAGCUGCUGAUCUGCCGAGGAUGCCACCACGUGGUGUGGACACCCAAGGGCUGGGGCUCCCCAAGAAAAGCUCAGAGCUCCUCUGCUAAAAGCACCAACAGCGGCAGCAGCAGCGACAACAAAGGUGCCAGUGGUGUUAACAGCAAGCGCAGUGCACGCGGCGCUGCUGAUGAUAACGAGGUGGAUAUUAUUGAUGUUGUGGCCAUCAGUCCAGCAGCAACCUAG